CUUAGCGCAAAAAAAAAAAGUUCGAGCGUCAUUGUAACGGCUCCGAAGUUGCAUGUUAAUCAUCUUCACUUUCUUCUCUACCUCUACGACAUGUGCAAAACGUGAUCGAUUAGCUCUCUGAAUGAAUACGAUAUUAUGAGGAGUUUUGAAAUCCGGUAGAAUUUGACGUGCGACUAGGAGUAUUUAAUAUGAAUUCGACUCUAUUCUCAAAGGCAGCGCUGCCCUCGCGCAUACUCUCCCCUGCUCAUAUAUAUCGAAGGCAGAGAUUACGAAGUAACUUACGAAAGCGCGCGCAAGUCAGCACGAUAUGUUCUCUAUCAAAAAGACCAAAUAUUAUAACGAAGCCUGGAUGCGAAGCCGUAUUAUGCAGACGGCCCUUCCAUGCUAGCCCUACUUCUCUCUCUAUCAAAGACCCAUAUCAAACCCUCGGCGUUGGGAAAUCUGCUUCGCCAGCGGAAAUAAAAAAAGCUUACUAUGGGUUAGCCAAGAAGUUCCACCCGGAUACAAAUAAGGAUCCGUCGGCGAAAGACAAAUUUGGCGAGAUCCAGUCCGCGUACGAAAUCCUGUCCGAUGCGAAGAAGAGGGAACAGUACGACCAAUUUGGCGCCGCUGGCUUUGAUCCUAAUGGUGGGCCCCAGCCGGGAGGUGAUCCUUUCGGGGGUGCGGGUAAUCCUUUCACGGGUUUUGGGGGGCAAGGAGGUUUCGGUGCGGGCUUCGGUUUCGAUGAUAUCUUUUCCGCAUUUACUGGUGGACGAGGGGGGCCUUUUGGCGCGGGAGGCCGUUCUGGUGGAAAGAAUCCGUUCGCCCAAGAAAUACUCGUGGGAGAAAAUAUCGAGAUACAAACGAGCAUAUCAUUCAUGGAGGCGGCCAGAGGAACCAGCAAGACGGUCACGAUACAUCCACUUGUGCAAUGCCAUAGCUGCAGUGGAAGUGGUCUCAAGCCGGGUGCCAAGCGGUCAGACUGCACGUCUUGCGGCGGUACAGGGACACAGGUGCACAUCCUAUCCGGGUUCCAAGUGGCGACUACUUGUGGGGCUUGCAAAGGCACUGGGCAGUCAACUCCUAGGGGAUCAGAAUGCCGGACGUGUUCUGGGGCUGGAGCCGUUAGGGAAAGCAAGAAUAUUACCGUAGACAUCCCAGCGGGUAUUGAAGAUGGAAUGAGGCUGCGAUUAGACGGCGAAGGAGAUGCACCUGUCACUGGCGACGCAGCAGGACCCAAUCCUAGAACGGCUCGAGGAGAUCUCUACGUUUCCGUCAGGGUAGCGUCGGAUCCUAAGUUCAAGCGAUCAGGUUCUGAUAUCCUCUAUACUGCAACUAUACCCUUGACCACGGCGAUGCUGGGUGGUGAGGUGACUGUCCCGACACUGGAUGGACAAGUCAAUGUAAAGGUUGGGACAGGUACGAACACCGGUGACAAGAUAACCCUGCCUAAGUUAGGUAUGAAGAAGCUAGGUGCUCGGCGUAGCAACGCAACGGGAGACUUGAAAGUUGAAUACCGAGUAGCUAUGCCGAAGUAUCUCUCAGCCAACCAGAGGACAAUUCUGGAGAUGUUGGCAGAUGAGAUGGGUGACAAGACAGCUAAACGGAUAAUGAAUGUUAGGAUGCCGGGAUCUGGGACCCCAGGAGAAGCAACGAAAAAUGACGACCCCGCGUCACAUCAAAACGAAGGAUUUCUAAAAUCUAUAUGGCAUAACUUGACAAACCACCCAGCCCAUCAAAGGCCAGAGGACCAAGGGCAUGGUCAGAAUAAACCUGACGAAGAUCCGAAGAAAAAAUCCGAUUCGGGUUCGAGUUAGGCUUAUACUAUACCUCCUGGGUAUUGUCUCUGGGCGACUGGGUGACAUGUAUCCUCUUACAGCAUGUACCAUACUUACGCCUCGGGAGAUAGGUGAUUAAAUAAAGCACCAGAAUUUUAGAAAUAGAGAUUGGAACUGCAUGGACGGUGUUGAGGCUGGGUCGG